AUGGCUAGGGUGAAGUUGAUUCAACAGCACCUUGUGACCGCACAGAGUAGGCAAAAGGGCUAUGCAGAUAGGUGUGUUUCGUAUGUGCCUUUUUCUAUUGGUGAGCGGGUUUUGCUUAAAGCGUCACCCACUAAGGGUGUGAUGAGGUUUGGAAAGAAAGGAAAGCUCAGUCUGCGGUUCAUUAGACCUUUUGAGAUUUUAAAAAAGUACAAAGAGGUGGCCUAUAGGUUGGCCUUGCCUCCGAGCCCUUCAGUUUUCCACCGCGUGUUUCAUGUCUUUAUGCUUAAGCAAUAUCCUCAUGAUGAUUCUCAUGUGAUUCAAUGGGACUAUGUUUCUUUGGAUCAAAAAUUGGCCUUUGAGGAGGAGUUCAUUGUUAUCUUGGAUAGGAAGACUAGAAAGUUGAGAUGCAAGCAUAUUGACUAA